AUGGCGACCCCAAAGCAGCUGAUAUUGCCUUUCUUCUUCCUCCUCUCCUUAUCCUCCAUUGCUCUUUCCGAAGGCGAAGAUUGCGUUUACACGAUCUAUAUAAGAACCGGAACCAUCAUCAAAGGUGGAACCAACUCCAUCAUCAGCUUGAAACUCUAUGAUGCCAAAGGUGAAUACGUCGAGAUUGAAAACCUAGAAGCGUGGGGAGGGUUAAUGGGGGAGGGGCACGACUAUUACGAACGUGGAAACUUGGAUAUUUUCGCAGGCAGAGGACGUUGUUUGGCCUCGCCUGUAUGUGCCAUGAACUUAACAUCAGACGGUACGGGUCCUCAGCACGGAUGGUACUGUAAUUAUGUGGAAGUCACCAUGACUGGCAUCCAUACCCCUUGUAGCCAACAGAUGUUCGCAGUGGAGCAAUGGUUGGCAUUCGAUACUUUACCUUUCGACCUCACCGCCAUUAGGAACUAUUGUUCGGCUGAGCUUCGCACCAAUCAACAAAAUUCUCAGGAGGUGCCUAGUAGAUCAAGCACCUGAUGAGGGCUGUUGAUUAGUGGGGAUUAUGGUCUCUUAAUCAUAUCAUCAGCUACAGUUUCGUCAUUUUACGGGAAUUUUUUUUUUAAUUUAGAUUAAAUUAAGGUUCACAUGACAUGACAUACAUAUGUGUGUCUGUGAGUUAAAAUUUGUUCUUGUUGGAAACUGGAAACAGAGACGUCAUUCUUUUGUUCUUUA